UAACCAUGGGAGACUGGAAUUUCCUUGGAGGCAUUUUAGAGGAGGUCCACAUUCAUUCCACCAUUAUUGGAAAGAUCUGGCUAACUAUCCUCUUCAUAUUUCGAAUGCUUGUUCUUGGAGUGGCAACUGAGGAUGUCUGGAAUGAUGAGCAGUCAGAAUUUAUCUGCAAUACCGAACAACCUGGUUGCAGAAAUGUGUGCUAUGAUGAGGCCUUUCCCAUCUCUCUCAUAAGAUACUGGGUCUUGCAAGUCAUAUUUGUGUCUUCCCCUUCCUUGGUAUAUAUGGGUCAUGCCUUAUACAGACUAAGAGCCUUAGAAAAAGAAAGGCAAAAAAAGAAAGCUCAGGUAAGAGUAGAACUCGAAAGCACUGAAUUAGAAAUGACUGAAAGUCGGAAAAGGCUGGAGAGAGAACUCCGGCAGCUGGACCAAAGAAAGCUAAACAAAGCCCCCCUGAGAGGCUCUUUGCUCUGCACUUAUGUGAUCCAUAUUUUCACCAGAUCAGCAGUGGAAGUUGGGUUCAUGAUUGGGCAGUAUCUUCUUUAUGGAUUUCAUCUAGAUCCCCUUUACAAAUGCCAGAGAGAUCCGUGUCCAAACACAGUUGACUGCUUCGUAUCCAGACCAACCGAGAAGACAGUGUUCAUUUUAUUCAUGCAGUCGAUAGCGACCGUGUCACUGCUUUUAAACAUCCUAGAGAUUAUCCACCUAGGAUUUCGAAAGAUUAAACUAGGACUCUGUGGGCAAAAUAAAAACAAGGACGAUCCUGAUCACUUCUGUGCAAACAAAUCUAAGAAGCACUCUGUGAUCCCCCACUCUUGCUUGGGAAUAUCCACAGCCCCGCAAAAAAAUCUCCCGUCCGCUGUUAGCGAUUACACUUUCUUCAUGGGAAAGCAAACUGACGCUGCCAUCUACCCAGUUCUAACCUCUCCUGUCAUGUUCCAGCCUCUGCAAAAUAACCAUACAGAGAGGAGCAGCAAUUACACCCAUCACAAUCAGGAGAAUAAAGUGCCAAAGAAGGGGCCAGCUACCAAUGCUUUAGAUAACCAGACUCAAAAUGCUAGCACAGUGCAUAACGAAGGCUUGCUCGGCAAGCUCGGGAACGAAGCACAAGAUGCGUGCCAAAAAGCUGAAAAGAAACAUUUCCUUGUUGUUGCUCAGGGUGCAGAUGUAGCCUCGAGCACCUGCUUGAGAAGCUUUGCUGAAAUGCCAUCUCAAACUUCACUGCAACCCGAGACAACAUUUCCUGCUGCCAGUUUCAGAAGACAACAUGGAAUGGGUUCGGCUUGGAACUGCUCGGCGAUGGCUGAGAACGAAGGAGCCUCCGCAAAUUCUCUUCCGAAGAACAGCAGCAGAAGGCAAAGUGGUUUCAGUGCGAACAAAGCCCAACCUCCUUACAAUAUUGAUGUAAAAUAUGCUAGACCAGAUACUCCUGACUCUACAGGGGAGGUGAGCUCAGAAUCUAAACAAAGUAAAAACUGUGACAGUCCGAAGCCUUUCUCCCUGUCCAGGCAACUAUCACUGUCCAGUAAUGCCAGUGGCAGGCGUGCCCCCACUGAUCUUCAGAUCUAG